CCGAACGCACCAAGCCCAGCCCAAGAUCCAAAGCCCGCACGCUUUCCCAGUCGCCACCACACCACUGGUAGUCUCGCUCUCGGCUCUCGCCAGUCGCCGCCCAACGAAAAUCACCGAGCCGCAGUGAGGACCAGUGUCCCGUCUCCGCUCACUGCCUCACGCGGCAGCACCCGAGCUCAGCCCAACAGCCGUCAUGCCACCACCGUCCUCCCUACUCCACCUCCUCCUGCUGCUCGCCGCCGUCGCCUCCACGCGGCUCGCCCCCGCCGCGUCCAAGUCCACGCUCGAGUCCUGCUCCUCGACCACCGCCUGCCCCGCGCUGCUCUCCUACGCUCUCUACACCGACCUCAAGCUGGCUGAGCUCGCCGCGCUCUUCUCGGCCGACCCGCUCGCCAUCCUCGCUGCCAACGCCAUCGACUUCGCGGUCCCCGACCCCGCGGACCGCAUCCUCCCCGCGGGGCUCUCGCUCCGCGUGCCCGUCCCCUGCGCCUGCUCCGACGGCAUCCGCAAGGCCACCUCCGUCCGCUACGUGUCUCGGCCGGGGGACACGCUCGCGUCCAUCGCCUCCGUCGUCUACGGCGGGCUCACCACCCAGGACUGGAUCCGGGACUCCAAUGGCAUGCUCGACGCCGCCGCCCUCGACGCCAGGACCACGCUGUUCGUGCCGCUGCACUGCGCGUGCUUCGCCGGCCUCGACAGCGGCGUGCCCGCGGUGUACCUGACGUACGUGGUCAGGAAGGACGACACCGUGGCCGCCAUCGCGCAGAGGUACCGGACCACGGCCAACGACCUGAUGAGCGUGAACGACAUGGCCACCGCCAACGUCGCCGCCGGGGACAUCAUCGUCGUCCCGCUGCCCGCGUGCGCCUCAUCAUUCCCGGCGUUCACGUCGGACGCCGGCCUGACCGUGGCGAACGGGACCUACGCAAUCACUGCCAACCGCUGCGUCCAGUGCAGCUGUGGCCCGGGCAACCUGGACCUGUUCUGCGUGCCGGCGCCACUGGCGGACUCGACGUGCUCGAGCAUGCAGUGCAGCAACAGCAGCAUGAUGCUCGGCAACUUCACCCUCCUGAUGACCAGCGCCGGGUGCAGCGUCACGUCAUGCAGCUACGGGGGAUACGUGAACGGGACGAUCCUCACCAAAUUAACCACGUCGCUUAAGCCUCAAUGUCCAGGCCCGCAUCAGUUCCCUCCCCUGAUCCCGCCGCCGACGUCGUCGUUCUUCGAGACGUACCUCGGUCCGUCGCCGACGCCGAUGCCAUCUGAAGGAGGCAUUGGUCCGCAGAUGGCUGGCAUGGCGCCGACAAGCAGCCCGCCGGUGAGUUCAGGUCCUCCCCCGGCAGAUCGGCACGUCGGUAACGUUCUCGCGCUGCUCGCUCUCAACCUCGUCGCCAACCUGCUGCGGUAGCUGAGCGCUGGGCACCGAGAAGCAGGGUUUGUCCGGAAGGGAAACGGAUGGGUUGUCGGCGCCCUCUGGAGGAAAAGCUUCCGAUUGGUUUUCUUGUACAGGAGCAUGCGUUGUGCCAAAUUUUGUUGUUUCUCAUUUGUUUGGUCGAUCACUGUAAGAAUCGCGAACACGCACGGGCAUAUUUCUCUAGCACGGUUGCAUUGUUGUUCCUGCCA